AUGGUUGCUGAGUAUGUCCUCUGCAAUUGGAAUUGGAAAGGCCACCUUUGGCCAGCAAAGGUUUUGUCCAGAUCCAGGAAAAAGGCACGGUCUCUAGAAGUUCAAAUACUCUCAGUGGAUGAAAAAAUUAAAGUGAAAAGCACAGAUAUGAAGAUCCUAAAUGAGUCUCAGAUUGAAUCCGUUACCUCCGCGCUAGUGGCCCCGUCAAAGGCCAAUGUCCCACCAGGAGAGGAAGUGGCCUACAGAAGGGCCCUCAUGGUGGCACUCUAUCGCCACAUCUCUUCCAAGGGAAACGCAAAGUCCUCACAAAACUCCAGCGUGUGCCCAAACUUCCCAUCACUCUUGGAAGAUGAUCAUGAGAAAGCGGGUAAGAAAAAGGGAGGCACUUCAGGAGUUAUGCCCUUGCAUUGCACGGUCAAGGAAGAAGGUGCAGAUGCUAAAGAUGGAGGCAUCCUUCCAUCUCUGCCAGCAAGUUUCAUCCUUACUGUGCCCAGGGCUCUGAAAGAAGAGGCACACGACACCUACCCAAAGGCCCUGGCUGCCUCGUCUGAAUGUUCUACCUUCUCUAGGAAUAUUGAGGGCCCUGGAGACGGUGCCUGGAAGCCAGGCUUGGAAGGUGUGGCAGCAUCCUCCAGUGCCCCCAGCCUUAGGCUGCGUUACUCCCUCCGUCGGGAAAACAGAAAAAGGAAGCUGCAGGUACCAGAGCCUGAGAAGGGACUGCAAGAACUUCAACCUUUAGUUGACUCACAGGCUGUUAACCCCAACACUGCUACUGAAAAGGACGUCAGCAAGGAAGCGGGACAGCCGACGAGCAUGGAUUUCCCACAGGAGCCAUGUCCCAUUGAAGGAGGAAUGAUGGUCUGGUUUAAAUGUCAAAAUCACCCAUUUUGGCCAACUGUGGUACAGACUGUCAGCCAAGCAGAACAGACUGCAAGGGUGCUUUUGAUCGAGGCAAACAUGCACUGUGAAAAGAGAGGCAUUCGAGUUCCUCUUCGAAGAUUAAAGCAUCUGGAUUGCAAAGAGAAAGGAAUGCUAAUGAACAGAGCCAGGAAAAUGUACAGGCAGAGUGUGAACUGGUGCUUCUCCCUGAUUUCCCACUACAGAGAAGGGCUCGGCCAGGGGUCUUUUGUGGGCUCUUUCCUGGACUGCUAUGCUGCUGACAUCAGUUACCCAAUUAGGAAAGUCAUCCAUGAGUGGGUGGUGGAGACUGACUUCCCAAAGGUGAAUUACGCCGACCUGGAAGAUUCUGAGGAGGAGACCUCUCUGGGCGGGAAGAUGCCCUUCAAGAAAAUUUUGCCUGACCUGACGAGGGCUGCUUGGGACUGAGAGAACCAGAAGCUAGUGGACUUCAUCGUGAAAAGAAAGGGGGCCGACGACCAUCUCCUGGACAUCGUAAAAGGUAGGAAAGAGUCCAGGUGGCUGGCAUCAUUUCUGAAUUCAGGCAGGUAUGUGAUCUGCACUGAAACAUACCGAGAGGAUGAAGACCAGUUGGAUGUCGUGGUAAGACAUUUACAAGAAAUCUACAAACAAAUAGACAAGACAAUGCUGGCUCUGGGAAGAGAUGACAAAGUGAGCUUUGUUGUGGAAGUUCUCCUGCCAGAAGCAACCGUUUAUUCAAUUGCCGUACUUGAUGGGUUAGAGUACAAGGAGGCAGAGGAAAAGUACCUGCGAGGGCCACCUGUGCAUUACCAGGAAAAAGAACUAUUUGAUGAGAACAUCUUAAAGAUAGUGAGAAAGAGAUCGGUAGCAAGGAGCAAGGCUGAGUAG